GCCCGCCGAGGCACACGCAGGGACGCGGGGCCGCGCACGGUCCUUAGCUGCCGAGGCAUGAACGGCGAGGUCCUGGCGGCUGCCAGCGGGUCCCCGUCCCGCGGGGGCUGCCUGCGGGCCUACCCGGCGUUGCCCGUGUGGGUGGUGGAGGACCACCAGGACGUGCUGCCUUUCAUCUAUCGUGCCAUUGGUUCAAAGCAUCUUCCUGCCAGUAACAUCAGCUUUGUUCAUCUCGAUUCCCAUCCAGACCUUCUCAUUCCUGUGAAUAUGCCUGCAGACACUGUAUAUGACAAAGAAGCUCUUUUUAGUGAAUUAAGUAUUGAGAACUGGAUUAUGCCUGCUGUUUAUGCUGGCCAUAUUUCUCAAGUAGUAUGGCUUCACCCACCGUGGGCUCAGCAGAUCUCUGAAGGAAAACACCAUUUUUUAAUUGGGAAAGACAUGUCAACGACAACAAUCAGAGUUACAGGUACAGAUCAUUACUUUUUAAGUGAUGGUCUUUAUGUCCCUGCUGAUCAGCUGGAAAACCAGAAGCCUUUAAAUUUACACGUCAUUCUCAUUAACCCUACUGAAGCAUCGAACAGCCAGGAAGGAAAUGACCAAGUAGCACCUGCUAAGAGACUGAAGCUAAAUACACAUGACACAGCAAGCACCGCUGCUGCCUCUUCAUCUCAGCCUCCUGGAAACCUUGAUCACAGCACCCCGACUGUGAAGAAAAAGGAAGUACAAAAUGCAAAUGCCUCAGGCAAGGCAGAAACAUUGUCAGAGGGUUCAGCUUCAAACUCUCUCAGGCAAAGUGAAUGUCCAAUAAGGGAAGUUGCUAAAGAUGUCUGCCAAGUACUGCAGAAAGGGGAUGCAUAUGUUUUAGAUAUUGACUUAGAUUUUUUUUCAGUUAAAAAUCCGUUCAAAGAGAUGUACACACAGGCAGAGUAUGAGCUUUUGCAAGAGUUGUACAAUUUCAAGAAGCCUCAUAGAAAUGUAACAGAGGAAGGUUUGCUGGAUUGUGUUGAAAACCGUGUUCAUCAACUAGAAGAUCUGGAAGCAGCAUUUGCAGAUUUGUGUGACAGUGAUGAUGAAGAGACCCUACAGAAGUGGGCUUCCUACCCUGGAAUGAAGCCACUUGUUGAACUAGUUCACAGUUUGAAAACCAGGAUGGAAAGCCCAGACUACGAAAUGGUCCAUCAGGCUGGUCUGACCUGUGAUUAUGUGGAGCUUCCUCACCACGUUAGCACUGAGGAGGAGAUCGAAGGCCUCAUACAGUCCGUUAAAGUUCUGCUGAAAGACAUGCCUAAGCCCACACUGGUGACGGUCGCUCGAUCAAGUUUGGAUGAGUAUUGCCCUUCAGAGCAGGUUGACGUCAUUCAAGAGAAGGUUCUCAGUUUACUGGGUUCAGUGUAUGGCACUCUGGAUGUGCACUUGGAUUACUCAAGCACCUCGUCUUCUUUGUGACCUUUCUUCAUGUGUUUUUCUCUAAUGCAGUGGAUUAGUUCAAAUUACAUACCAGCUAUGGUUGCAAGGGGAAAAAUGCUGUUAUUUCAGCAGGUGGCACUAGAACCCAAGCUGACCAAGAGCUAGUUUCAAUUGCAUUGCUUUCUCCCAAGUCAGCUGCAGCUGAACUGUUACCUGUUUGGCUUUGUUCAGAUUAGUUCAGUGAUUAUUAUUUUUACUGUCUUGGUUCCUAAAAUUGGUGCAAGAGAAACUAUUUCUUGUCAAUAAAAUGUAUUUUUUCACUCCAUUUCUUUAAGUGUCUGUAAAAAACCAGAAUUAUAUAUUUAACUUCAGAGAAAUCAGUUUAUUUUAUGUAAUUCAACUUUUUUUGAUGGAGUUUGGUGAGUAGCAGACGUGUUCCUGAAUCACAUUGUACCUUUUACAAUAUAAUAAUUUCAUUAAGACAUUAGGUUUACAUAGAUGAUCUUUCUUAACUGCUCUGCUUGAGAUGACCAGGCAGCUCCUGAUCAUUUCUCUAGGGCAGCUUAUGGUUUCUGCCCCAUCCACAGAAUACCAUUUGUAUUUAUAUUCUUACUGCAUUAAUUUUGCCUGAAAGUAUUACAUUGGUGACUCAGAUAAUGUCCCUAGGGUACAGACAUUGGCUUGGUAUUUUAACUUUUGCAUAUUUUUGAGGAUAACAUUUAUGUGCAUGUUUGUGCCUUUAUCUGUUGAAUCCUGUAAGGAGCUGAUUUGAUUUUUUUCUUCAGAAACAAAGAUUUAAUUUCACUGAAGUCAGCAGCAAAACCUCCUGUACCAGGUUUGUGCUUGUUUCAGUACAGCUAUUUGGAAAAAUAACAGGUUUAGAACCAUUUAAAUUAGAAAACAGUCUGGAUAUAGAGAAAACUACCACUACCACAGGAAAGCAAAAACCCACAGGAUUUAUUUGAGAAUGAAACUGAAAUAGAAAAGAGAAAGUGCCACCUAGAAUAUUGUCUUUUAUCAUGAAUAAAUUGUGCUUGUAAUUUCUUCUGAAACAGGUUGAUUUGUUAACCUUAAUAUUUGCUCUACAGAGACUUUCUGCACUUUUACAGUUUUUUACUAUUUCUGCUG